AUGUCCGACGACGUCGAUUCCAUCGUCAAGGGCGCUUCAGCUCCUACGCAAGGAGCCAAAGAUGCAGCCGGCGCGAGCCCCAUCCUCCCCACCACCGCCAAACAAGGCGAUCCGCUGCAUCACACGCCGAGUUCACCGUCUAUGAUCUAUCUCAACCUGUUGAUCCUCGAAGCUUCACUGCGCGCGCAAUUCCUCGAACUACGAGCUCGGAAGCGACACCAUACUUUCUUCCUCACGCUGCUGUCACUGUGGAUCGCUGGUUUUGGAUAUGCUCUCUUUCUCGCACCUCGUGAAGAUGGCCGUGGUGUAGGCGGUUCUAUCUACUGGGCUGUUGAGGGUGCGGAGAAGGUCUGCUUCAUGGGCGGCAUCAUCACUGCGAUACUCGUCUGGGCGACUGGGAUCUGGGAGCGUGGGAUUCGCUGGCCAAGACGAUGGUUUGUUAUUUCGAAUAGAGGACUACGGGGCUUCAACUGCAAGCUGAUCAUAAUACGACGGACGUGGUGGGCCGAAGCACUCUCUACAAUUGGAUUCUUCUUGACGUACGGACUCUUUUCACACACGGCUAGUUCAUCAUAUCGAUACGUCGAGCCGAGUCUCUUGCGAGAGGUGGAGAAGGAGCUCCAGAUCACGAGCGAUACACACCCGACGCUGAUACUGCCCCACGAAGAUGAGGAGAAGGGCGGUCACGAGGAGGAUCUAGCGCCUGGCGGCGACUACGUCAAGCUCCUCCUCCUAGCAAAGCCCUUCUCUGCUACGUUCCGCGAGAACUGGGAGCUAUACAGGACGGAAUACUGGGAGAAGGAGAAUGAGCGCCGAGCCCUGCUGCGGCAAAAAGUCAAAGAGCGCGAUAGCCAACUCGUCAAGCAACAAUACGGCUGGCUAUGGUGGCUCCCCGGGCGACAACCGCGCCGCCAUGAGCGUGAGAAGACACCACCGCGUCACAUCGCCGUUGAGCGCGAGCGUCGUCGUCGCGGAAGCAGUGUGCGCCGCGCAUCCACAAGCUCAACACGAACUCCUACGCCUAUCGUUGAAGAAGAGGCUUCUGUUAGUAGACGACCCAGCAACGGAUCUAUGUCAGCGCGGCGCAAGAGGCUUUCGACGAGCUCGAAGCCAAAGAGACCGGGGACAGAUUCGAGGUCUGUUACGCCGGAUUUCCCGUCGCCUUUGGCGAGGGAGAGUAGUGCGACGCAUACACCUGAUUCUGGGCCUGAGGGGGUGAAGGUUUUGAGAAAUUCGAGUUCGAGAUCAACUGUUGGGUCGAAGGAGCGGGAUUAG